AUGAAUGGCUCCCAGUCACGGCCUGGCUGGCUCUUCCUCUGUGCCCCGGGCUCUUGGCAGUGCUUGGGGCUGCUCGGCUGCCUCUUGCUCCCCUACUUUUUCGUCUACCGUUGCCUCGUCCUUCCGGCACUGGCGUGUUCCGUGCGCGCGCAUCAGGCGCGGUGUGCGGGCCGUGACGGCGUGGCUGUUCUGUGCAGGCUGUCGGCGAAGCAGGCGCUGCGGCACCCGUACUUCCGGGAGAUCCGCGAGAAGGAGAAGCACGACAAGCCAGCCCACGACGCCGCGCUCAGCAGCCAGCCCUCCCCCAGGUUCCCCGGCCCGGAGGACGCUCUGCCGGAGGCGCGACGCAAGGGCAAGGACGCGGCCAAGAGUGGCCGGGCCAGCCAACUAGGGGAGGGGGGCGCGGCGGGGGGCACGCAGCUGCCCAGCAUCGCCAAAGCGCGGGAGGACGACAAGGAGAACGAGGCGGGGCACAGCCACCGGCUGCACGAGGAGGCGAGCGCGGCGAGCAGCCUGCCGUCCAUGCACAGCACCGCGCACGGGUACGCGGCCGGGGCGAGCCACCGGGGAGGGGACGGGCGGGAGGAGGGCCGAGAGGGCGAGGAGGCGGCAGGGGGGAAGGGGCUGCCGCCGAUCCGGAACAGCUACACGCUGGCCAGCCUGCCCAUGAAGAGCGGCAAGGGCGGGCACGGCUACAACAACGCGGGGCAGCAGCGGCAGUCGCAGUUGAAAGGGUCCAAGCUGGGCAAGGGCGGCGCCGCGAAAGCCCCCGGGCUGCCGCCCGACAAGGGGCCGCGCGUCUCGGAGGCGCCGCACGCCGCCAAGACCGGGGCAGCCACGCAGAGGAAAGGCGACCACCUCAAGUACGUCAGCCCCUACUCACAAAAGUACAUAGCCACGCAACGAACGUCGACCAACUACGGUUGA